CCUCUUUAUCUUCCUUCAUCCGCCAUUUCUAUAAAACCAGUGGGCUGCACCCCGCCAUUGCAGCUACCCACAGAGCUUCAAAUUCACCAGUCAUAUCAGAUCCUUAUUCUUCUUCUACAUAUAUUCGCCAAUUUUCAGACAGAAGGAGCAGAAACAAACAAUCAUAGAUUUUUACAAAUAUAUUCUUCCGGCGGAUUUAUAACUGGAAUUAACUAAUAGAGUUUAGGGCUUUGGAUCGGAUUUCUCCCCUUGUCGAAAAUGACAAUGCAAAUCAAGAAGCUUAUGACCUUGCCGUCGCGUACGGGAAGACAUCUGCAGAGAUAUAAUCAAGGGUUUCGUCUAGUUGUAGGAUGUGUUCCUUACAGAAUUAGGAAAGGCAGCAGAUCCUCCUUACUCCAUGGAAUCUCUAUCGAAGAUCUUGAGGUUCUCCUCAUCACUUCUCAGAAAAGCACAAGAAAGAUGCUUCCUAAGGGAGGUUGGGAGCUUGACGAAAACAUCGAAUUAGCAGCGUCGAGGGAGACGCUGGAGGAAGCCGGCGUAGUCGGAAUUCUUGGGGAAAAAUUAGGCCAAUGGAUUUUCAAGAGCAAGAGCCAGGAGAAGUACCACGAGGGAUCGAUGUUCCCUUUAUUGGUGACCGAGGAAUUAGACGUAUGGCCGGAGAAAGGCCUCCGCAAGCGAAUUUGGAUGCCGGUAAAUGAAGCGGUUGAAGCCUGCGCCGACUUGUGGAUGAAGGAUGCAUUGCAUGCAUUUGUUAGCCAGUUCAAGGCGCGGACGAGAGUCGAGGGAGAGCGUCUAACGAAGUCGUGUAGAUUAGCUGAUUACUCAUUGGACCUCAAACUGAGGAUGAAGAGCUGAUCUCUUACUAUGCUUAAUUGACAUUGAUGAAUUAGCUGUACAUGAGUUAACAGACUUGUAGAUGCAGUUUCGACUUCGAUUGGAUCGGCAUUUCUUGAUUCGUUGUAUAGUUGCAAAAUUAAGAAGGCCUUUGAUAUCUUCUGGAAGCUGUAAUUUUAGGAGAUUAAAGGGAUCUGUUCUGUGUUAACCAUCUGAGGAAAAAAAAAAGAAAAAUUGAUCUUGCAGAAUUCUUUGA